GGUCCCUCUGGUCGUGGUUCCGGUCUCUGGUCGUGGUCCGGGUCUCUGUGUGAUGGCGGUCCCUGCUGGUCCGUGCCGGUCCCUGCUGGUCUGUCUGGUGUUGCUGGUCUCCCCUCUGACGGCCUGGGACGCGGAUCUGGAGCUGCUGGACCUGGUGGAGGAGAUCCCGCAGAACUUCUACCAGUUCCUGUCCCUGGACCAGGAUGCUUCAGCAGCAGAGAUCAAGAAGGCGUAUCGACGUCUGUCUCUCUCUCUGCAUCCGGACAAGAACAAAGAUGAAAACGCUGAAACCCAGUUCAGACAACUGGUGGCCAUAUAUGAAGUCCUGAAGGACGAGGAGAGACGAAGCAAGUAUGAUGAUAUCCUGGUGAACGGGCUUCCUGAUUGGCGGCAACCAGUGUUCUACUACAGACGAGUGAGGAAGAUGAGUAACGCUGAGCUGGCCUUCCUCCUCUUCCUCAUCCUCACUGUGGGACACUACGCCGUCAUUUGGUCCAUAUACCUGGAGAAACAGCUGGACGAGCUGCUGAGUAAGAAGAAGAAAGAGAAGAAGAAGAAGCUGAGCUCAAGACCUGCAGAGGAUCUCAGGUGUAUUGGCCAAGAUCGCACCGACAGAGUUCAUGAUCGGCCAAACUGGCAGGACAUCCUCCCUCUGAAGCUGAGCAUCUGGCUUUACCUGUCCAUCAAAAACCUGCCACAGACCAUCCAGGAGGUGAAGCAGUACUAUGAGGACUACCAGCUGAUGAAACAGCAGCAGAGAGAAGAAGCUGAAGCUGAACAGGAAGUUGUCAUAAGAGAGAAGAGGCCGAAGGUCAAGAAGCCCAAGGUGGAGUUUCCUGUUUACGAGCUGUCAUCAGAGAACCUGAACUGCCAGGGUUACGACCCGGCCACGUCCAUCGAGGAGAUCGAAGACCAGAUGGACGACUGGCUGCUGGACCGCGUAGCUGCAAAGAAGAAGGCUGCAGACUGGACAGAGGACGAGCUCAGCCUCCUCAGCCGGUUGAUGGUUAAAUUCCCUGGAGGAUCUCCGGGACGCUGGGAGAAGAUCGCUCAUGAGCUGGGAAGAUCUGUGACUGAUGUGACGACUAAAGUCAAACAGGUGAAAAACAAUGUGAGCCACACCUCAGGUCUGGUGAAGCUGUCAGAUCUGAAGGGACCUCUGCUUCCUGUGAGGUCACUUCCUGUUUCUGACAGUGUGAUGACUCAGCGAGGGCCCUGUGAGGAGGAGCAGGACGAGGAGGAGGCGGAAGAAGAAGCAGCUCCUGCUGUCAGGAGGAGAACCAGGAAGGCAGCAGCAGCAGACGGGGGGGAGGUGAAAGUCAGAGGCCGGAGGCAGAGGGAUUUUGACCCAGCGGCAUCAGUGGAGGAGGAGGAGGAGGAGGAGGCGGAGCCUCAGGAGAUCAGAGAGAAGGCGGACCCGACGGUCUGGACUCAAAACCAACAGAAACUGCUGGAACUCGCUCUGCAACAGUUUCCCAGAGGAACAGCAGAACGCUGGGACCGCAUCGCCAAGGUGGUCCCCGGGAAGACCAAGGAGGAGUGUAUGAUUCGUUAUAAGAUGUUGGCGGAGCUCGUUCAGAAGAAGAAACAGGCUAAAAGCUGAUUAAAGGUAAUGAUCACUGACUGGCCUACUGCUGUGACCUCUGACCUCUUAAAUGUCAGCAAUGUUUUAUUUUUCUCUCCAGGUGAGCUGCCUCCUGAUUGGACUGAAUUAUUUUGUUUUUGUCAUAUGUUACGUGGCAUCUCACCUUCUCAGGUGUUUUAUAAUUGAUGUGUCAAAGGAAGCUGGAAACUAGUUUUAACCUACCUGACCUCUGACCUCAUAGCUUCAUGUGCCUUAACUCCAUACAGCAUGCUGUCAAUCAACCUCUGUUAAACUUAUCAAUAAAAGGUAU